CCCCAAAGACUGGCGCCUGCCUGCGUAUCGAUUUCAAACGCACGCACACGUUCACGCUCGCGCGCUCGCUGGACGGAAAGAGCAAACUAAACCUACCAAGCUACCCGCCUGCCUCUCUCACUUUAUUCACCGCCCACUCACGCGCAACCACCCAACUUCAGCCCCUUCAGCCCCUCUCAGCGCUUCCACAGUAUCGACACACAUACAUCGAUAUCAACCAUCCGCAUAAGACAGAGCAGAUCUCAUCUCCAGCGACGAUGGCGGAUCCGCACCAGGUUUCCGCACCUGGUGUAGCGGUUGAAGACGAGGACAUAACUAUGCAUGAUGAUGAUGAUUUAUCUUCACACACGGAGGGCGAACGAGAGGAAAAUGAUAUCGCUAACGGCAGCCGUGGAGACAGGGGCGUUGAUUCAGUUUCAGCAUCACCGAACAUAUCCUCUGAGUAUGCAAAUGAGCAUAGGCGAGAUAGCGCGGGCGACGUUAGGACUCUAAUUUGGACGAACGGCGUUGAUUACCGCAGGAGAGGCGUUUCGAUAUUCUCACAGCCUACUCUGGGGUCUAAGAGCUCACGGACUUUGAGCCCACAAGAGAAGGCCAGCGACACCAGUCCGCCACCUGCGCGUGGGUUUGAGAGCUCUGUUACGGUGGCGCAGCAAGAGGGCGAAAAUGGCGCUCUUGAAAUGCCGUCUCACGCGGUAGAGGCAUCCUCGUUACCCGGAGGUCCAUUCGAUACCGUCCGGAUUAAGCAGUAUGCCGCUGCAGAUGAGGACGAGGACACCGACUACGACUACAACGAAGACUAUGACCCAAGCUGUCCGCCGCCGCCGCCUCGGCACCUCUUUCGUCUGAUCCGCAAGCUGGGAAGCACUGGAACCACAGCGACUUGGCUCUGUCUACCUGACAAAUUAAUCGAUCCGAAAAACGACAAAUCCUACAAUGGACGGGAAUAUACCGCCAAGACAGUACGUAUGCUGGGUAAGGCACCAGCAUGGAAGGUCAGGACUCCACAGGACGCAGAGUACAUUGCACAAGUUGUAAUUGUGAAGACGAGCGUGUAUCCGACGGCACUGCGGAGGGAAGGUGAAUUGCUGGAGUAUCUGCAUUCCGAUGAAGAUACGGCGUCCUCCGGAGCGGGGCGAUUUCGAUCACAGUCGUACCUUGGAUCGUAUGUGAUGAGGCAGCAGCUUACGGGGGUCGACAGUUCAUCGUGGUUGUGUCUGCGCCCGCAAUUUGGACGUCCGUUGAAUCAAUUUGUUGGGUGGUGUGGGCAGGGGAUGUUGCCUACUUGGUUCAUCUGGCAUGUCUUCCUCUCCCUUCUUGAGGCGCUCGGUAUCGCCCAUAAGAAGGGCAUUGCGAACAAUAAUGUCGGUUUGGAUAAUAUGGCGCUGAAUAUGUACCCGCUCCAUGGACCGAAUGUAUUCCGGGAGUGGCCGGAUGUUGUCUUGGUUGACUUUAGUCAAGCAACGGACUUGGCCGACGAGGAUGCGGUUAACGAUGUCAGGAAUAUGCUGCAGAUGACGCGCCAUUUAAUCGAAGUUUACAGCAAUAUCGCCGAAAACUUACACCAGCCAGCACGUGGUAUGCGAGGAGACUCUCUAGCUACAUUCUAUAACCAUGUGGUCAAUCUUCUGGAAGUUAAUUCCGAUCCAGACCUGACAGUGUGGUCCCUAGAAGCUGAAUGGAAGAGCAUUGCAGUUGCGGGGCGUAAUAGUGGUCCUAAGAGAUUCCCCGAGCACUUGAUGAUGUAUGCAAGCAACGAGUUGGUUAACCCUAUUGGAUUGGAAAAGGCGUACGCACUUAACCUGGAUCUGCUUGAACAAACUGAGAUGGAGGAACGCCGAGCGCGGGCCAAGGAGAUGCGUGUACGACAGCCGGUUGCAUUCGAGAAGAAGAAGGAAAUGACAGGGGAUGGCAAGACGGUCAUCAGAGCCCUGUGUGUUUUCAAGUUCGCCCGCAUUAAGCACCUUCUUGGGGACGCGAAACUAAUUCGAGAUUACUUGGAGUUGAAGAAAGGCUGGGUGGGUGGAAGUUCAUCCUCCUGA